GUAUUAUCGCUGGUGAUUGGCUGAAGUGGCCGAGAUGCAAAAAUGGCUGCGAGUCCCUCUGUAGUCCCUGUGGCUCUGACAACUCCGGUUGUACCUGUCUUGACAGCGAGCGGCGAUUUCUCAAAUUUGCGGGAAAUUAAAAAGCAACUGCUACUUAUCGCCGGCCUUACCCGGGAGCGGGGCCUACUGCACAGUAGCAAGUGGUCCGCGGAGUUGGCCUUCUCCCUCCCGGCAUUGCCUCUCGCCGAGCUGCAGCCUCCUCCGCCUAUUACAGAGGAGGAUGCCCAGGACAUGGAUGCUUACACCCUGGCCAAAGCCUACUUUGAUGUUAAAGAGUAUGAUCGGGCAGCGCAUUUCCUGCAUGGCUGCAAUAGCAAGAAAGCUUAUUUCCUGUACAUGUAUUCUAGAUAUCUGUCUGGAGAAAAGAAGAAGGAUGAUGAAACAGUUGAUAGCCUAGGACCUCUGGAAAAAGGACAAGUAAAAAAUGAGGCUCUUAGAGAAUUGAGAGUGGAGCUCAGCAAAAAACACCAGGCUCGGGAACUUGAUGGAUUUGGUCUUUAUUUGUAUGGUGUUGUGCUUCGAAAACUGGACUUGGUGAAAGAGGCCAUUGAUGUAUUUGUGGAGGCUACUCAUGUUUUGCCUUUGCAUUGGGGAGCCUGGCUAGAACUCUGUAACUUGAUUACAGACAAAGAGAUGCUGAAGUUCCUGUCUUUGCCAGACACCUGGAUGAAAGAGUUUUUUCUGGCUCAUAUAUACACAGAGUUGCAGUUGAUAGAGGAGGCCCUGCAAAAGUAUCAGAAUCUUAUUGAUGUGGGCUUCUCUAAGAGCUCAUAUAUUGUUUCCCAAAUUGCAGUUGCCUAUCACAAUAUCAGAGAUAUCGACAAAGCCCUCUCUAUUUUUAAUGAGCUAAGGAAACAAGACCCUUACAGGAUUGAAAAUAUGGACACAUUCUCCAACCUUCUUUAUGUCAGGAGCAUGAAAUCUGAGUUGAGUUAUCUGGCUCACAACCUCUGUGAGAUUGAUAAAUAUCGUGUAGAAACAUGCUGUGUAAUUGGCAAUUAUUAUAGUUUGCGUUCUCAGCACGAGAAAGCAGCCUUAUAUUUCCAGAGAGCCUUGAAAUUGAAUCCUCGGUAUCUUGGGGCCUGGACACUGAUGGGACAUGAGUACAUGGAAAUGAAAAACACAUCUGCUGCUAUUCAGGCUUAUAGACAUGCCAUUGAGGUCAAUAAGCGAGACUACAGAGCCUGGUAUGGCCUUGGGCAGACCUAUGAAAUCCUUAAGAUGCCAUUUUAUUGCCUUUAUUAUUAUAGACGGGCCCACCAACUUCGGCCCAAUGAUUCUCGUAUGCUGGUUGCUUUAGGAGAAUGUUAUGAGAAACUCAAUCAACUAGUGGAAGCCAAAAAGUGUUAUUGGAGAGCUUACGCCGUGGGAGAUGUGGAGAAAAUGGCUCUGGUGAAACUGGCAAAGCUUCAUGAACAGUUGACUGAGUCAGAACAGGCUGCCCAAUGUUACAUCAAAUAUAUCCAAGAUAUCUAUUCCUGUGGGGUAUGUGUCAUGAGCAUGAGAACUGGNNNNGCUUUUCGCUAUCUGGCCCAGUACUAUUUUAAGUGCAAGCUGUGGGAUGAAGCUUCAACUUGUGCCCAAAAGUGUUGUGCAUUCAAUGAUACCCGGGAAGAAGGUAAGGCCUUGCUCCGGCAAAUCCUGCAGCUUCGGAACCAAGGGGAGACUCCUUCCACUGAGAUGCCUGCUCCUUUUUUCCUCCCUGCUUCACUGUCUGCUAACAACACUCCCACACGCAGAGUUUCUCCACUCAACCUCUCUUCAGUCACACCAUAGUGGCUACUUUCAAGCUAGCACAUUUCCAGACCCAUAUUAAGCCUUACCUCCAAGUAAAAAACAGCCAUGUCUGUUCUUCCAAGGACUUUAGCUCUUUUUGUUUGUAUAGAUGGAAAACAGUUCCUUGGGGGAGUUUAUAGAAUCACCUUAAGAGCAGACUGACAGAAGAAUCCUGGCAGGAAUAGUCUUUUGUCAGUUAGAAGCACUUCUAUCGUCCUUCUGUUCACGGUGGCUACAGAUCUUGGACUCAUUCCCAGACACCCCACCCACCCCACUGCAAAACAUCUCUUUAAUAGCACUUUAGCAAAGGCAAAGCUACAGGAACAAAGUUUUAAUGCUGCUAGGAGUGGAAUCAGAUUUCUUUAGAGGGGCAAGGAAAGGAGAAAAGUCUGCCACUCUACUGUCUGUGGCAGUAGGGGCACUAGAUAGACACGAUCUUGUCAUGCUUGGAUUUGCUGAGCGUGACUAUUUUGAUGUCAGAGAUUGGGUUUAAAUGGAGUGAAGCUAUACAUUUGUUCUUACUCUAGGGAGACAUUCUUCCAAAACAUGGUUUUGAAGUCUCCUGGAAGCUUUCAAAUUGGAAGUGAACUUCCUAGAGUUGAAUAAUAGAAGGCAAAAGAUGUCUACAGCUAUCUAUACCUCUACUAAAGCAAAGCAAAGAGACAGGAUUAUAGAUAAUUUCAUGGAUAUGUGGGAAUGAUAACUUUUGUGAUUUUACAGAUAAGAAUAAACUCACUUCAAGCUGGUCUGUUUUUAACACUUUUGAUGUAAUUGUUUAAUUUUUUCCCUCUAUCUCACACAGAAUAUUUUUUCAGCCUUUAUCUGAUGAGAUAAGGUAAAGGGAAUCAUUCUUGGCUGUGCUGUUAGAGGGUUUCAAGCCUGUGCAUGUGUAUUCAGUAGGAGAUAAUAUGCUAUGUUUACUGUAAUGAAUUUGUACAGUAGAUGCUAUGGAUUAUUGAGUUCAGGGCCCAGCCUUUCUUUGUUUGUCUCCAGAAGUUUGUUUGUUACCCAUUCACCUCUUAAAGGAUGACACUUCAUUAUACAUUAAGGCAAGUUUAGAAUAUCUAAUGUCUUGAAUUCAUUUCUUACCAAGUUUUCUUAGGUUGCAGUACACUAGUUGCUCUCUACUGCCAUUCCUGUGCAGGGUUCCCAUGAGUCCGAAUGAUGUUUGAUUUUCAAUUUUUAUACUUUUUCUGCCCUUUUAUAAUUUGUUUUAAUGAUUUUGCUAAAUUUGGAAUUCAAAUAAAACCGUGAACAAUA